UACAUUGAUCUCAACAAUCAAUUCAUCAAUCUUAAAUUCCCACCCAAAAUGGCCACCGGCACCACCUCUCAGCAGCCACCUGCACAGCCACAUCGGCCGGCAGCCCACUCGAAACUACUCCGAGUCAUUGCUCUAGUCAUACUAACCCUAAUCGUUAUCUUGGGUUUAGUUGUGCUAAUCACUUGGCUAAUAAUCCGACCGAAACAAAUCGAGUACUCAAUCGAAAACGGCUCGGUAAGUAACUUUAACCUAAAAAACAACCACCUUAACGCGUCGUUUGAUAUAUUUAUUAGGGCACAUAACCCUAAUAGAAGAAUCUCUAUUUACUAUGAUGUAAUUGAUGUUUCACUAUCGUACGAUGAUCAAACCCUAGCUUUUAACACACUCGAGCCGUUUCAUCAACCUCGUCGAAAUGUGACUCGACUGGAGGCGAAGCUCGAGGCUAGAGAUGCGGCAUUGGCUAAAUCAUUAUCUAAUGAUAUGAGAGUUGAGAAAAAAUCAGGACAACUUCAGUUAGAUUUGAGGAUUAAGGCAAGAAUUAGGUUUAAGGUUGGUAUAAUGAAGUUUAAGCAUAAACAUUUAAGUGUGAUUUGUCCUGCUGUGGUGGUACAUUUUUCUUCUUCAAAGAUUGCACAAAGGACUUAUUGUGACGUGGAGUACUGAUUAGUAAUUGGCACUUUAGUUUGUGAUUAUUUUUUAAUUGUAGGAUUAUGUUUCUUUUACCUUUUUAUUGGGUUUUCGAGUCAUUGCAUUUAUUUUUGUUUACUUGUGUAAUUGCACAAUUGGUUGUGUUAUGCUUUUCUUUCUCUAUUUUGAGAGAUUGAUUGUUGUGGAUUUAAACAGUAUUUAAAUUUAUUUAUUUGAU